CCCUGCCACCCCGUCCCCUUUUGACCGCCUCCCCCUUCACCACUCCCUCCCUCUAUUUCCCUCAUCUGUGUGGUCCGCCUGCCUCCUUUUCCAUGACCCCCUCCACAUCUCCACCCUACCCCUUCCAAAAUCAUCUUUCCCCUCUUUGGCUGUACACUGUCUGAACUGCCAAACUGUUUUAAGAUCAUUUUCAGCCCAUUUCCAAGUAUCUGUCAAAUCUGUCCAGUGUUACUUCUCGAUAGUGUGUGCAAACCAUUACUUUACAGAGUUAAGAAAUGACUAGCAUGACCCAAGACUUAGAGACCUGCCCAGUGCUCUAAUUUUAAAGAACUACCACUCCUUCAGCCUUUGAGUGCCAAGUGGCCUACAACAAGUGUUCAGGAUCGUGUUACGUAGAGAGCCUGGCUCUUCACUUUCUACUCUGUACAAAUCGUCCAAUUAACAUUCAGCAGUCAAUUGCAUGUUUAAUCCCGGUAUUUGGAUCCACGGGAGCUAUGAACCAAAACCAGCUGGAUCCUCAGCUCCAGGUCACCCAUACCCCGAAGCCCUCUGCUGGCAUUCUUGCCAGUGCUGACGAGAAAGUUCAUUCCACUGUUACCUCUCCUGCAAGUGGUUCAGCUGCCAGCCAUUCUCCUACCACUGGUUCGGGGUUGACGCAGAGUGUGUCCAGUCCUGGCACCUACAUCCAGAUUCCAAUCAAUGCUGAAGUUCGGUGGAUCUCCACGUUCUCGUUGCCUACGGCAGUUCAACACAAGAUCUUUGGAGGAGCCAACAACCUGCCCAAGGGUGGGGAAUGCAGCAAACCCACCACAGCCAUUUAUAUCUACCCAGUCAACCCAGUGAAGGUGACUGAGGCAAAUCGUCUUUUGCCUUUGGCGCCCAAACCGUUAACGCAGACCCGGGGAGCUAGCGGGGGGACUGUUCCAGCUCAGGAAACAUCCACUGCCUCACCGGUGGCCAAGGUGUUGAGCAAAGAAUCUUCAGGAAGACACACCAAAGUGAGCAGAGCAAGCAAGGCAUGUACUCCCACUCCCACUCCCACUCCUACGCCUGUUUCUGUAAAAUUUUGUGACAAUUUGGCUUCUCAGGUGCUGAAGACAUUUGUGAGGCAGCAAGCAAAGGGCGCCAGCAUGGAUAGUUUGAUGAAGGCUUACUCCAACAGCCCGCUAGAAACCAAGCUUGGGAGUUCAUUCAAAGACAAUGCACUGCUUCUCUUUGAUGGACAGCUAUAUUUCCUGGCCCAAAAGGGCAUUGAGAUUCCCACUGGUGCUGAAAAAGGAUGGCAGCCUGUAAGGAAAUCAAAGGUGGUCAGUGCUGAGGAAGAGAGGCUGGCCCAGAGGAUUGAGGGUGGUCAUGCCUCGCUUAACGCAUCAAACACCAGACAGGAUGCUGAUUUGCCUGACAGAAGCCAUGAACGUGACACGAAAAGAAAAGAAAAGCGAGUAAAGAGAAACAAAUGUUCAAAUACAACUUGUGGGAUGGAUGUAGGUGACCACGACACAAGUGCGCAUCCAGUUGAGAAUGGGUCGAAUCUGGGACAAGAGGUUGUGAAAAAAUUACCAAAUACCCUUUCAGGAAAAUGUGCUCACGACCCUUGGUUUUCUAAGGACAGAGACUUGUUGCUAAAAGCAGGAAUCCGUGCUGACCUAAGAGUUUGCCUUAACCGAAUAUCCUUCAUUGACCUUGCUAAUAUUUCAGGAUGUCGGUUGGAAAGUCCCAUGAAAUAUGUUACAAAAUUCUCUGAGAAGCCUGAUCCCAUGGAUUUGAAAAAAUGUGCAGAACACUCAUUGGUGCCUGGCCCAGGAGAAUUAGAAGAAUGCCCAGAGCUUAUCAAGGAGCAUUAUCCAACAGAAUUCAGAGAGUGUCCAAAGCUUUUCAAGGAGUCUGCAGUAGCAGAUUUAGAAGGAGGUCUGGAUGUGUUGAGGGUGCCUGACGUGAUAGCAUCUCAAGAAUGUCCAGUACUGUCUAAAGAACUUCCAUUGGAAGAAUGUGCAGCCAACUCUGAAGCAUUUAGUCCACCAAAACUGGAGAAAAGCCCAGCCAUCUUGAAGAAGCCUGGUUCAUUAACAUUGGAAGAAUGUCACAAUUAUUCCAAAACCUGUGUCAAAAUAGAAUUAGAAGGUGUAGAUGUUGACAAUGUACUGAGCACGGUGGAAUGUGGAGAACAUUCAGACCCUGCUGUGAGUUCAAGUUCAGCAGAUUUGAUGGACUGUCUUUCUGAAUCUGAAGAGGGAGACCAUAGUAAACUCCAAAGAAAGAGGAAAGAGGUCGAAAUUGUGAGUUCUGAGUGUCCAGGCUUGAAUUGGACUGAUCAGUCUGUAACUGCCAAGAAGAGAAAGCAGCCUCAAGUGGACCUCAGUCCUGAAACCUCUGCUGAUUCUCAAAUGGAGCCUGGUAGGGACCUUGACGUAGGAAACCUGGAGAGGGUUGAUAAUGAGAAGUCCCCCCCAACGCUGCCAAGCUGUCUUGCUGUUUCAUCAGCGCUUGAGCUGAACAGUCUGGUUACCAAGGAGGAAGAGAGGACAUCUCCGUCCUUUCAUAAGUCACAUCCUGCUGAUUGUGAAAACACUGCUGAUCUUUCGUGGUCGAAUCCGCUGGAGGUAGAUGAAACGAUCCGAGAUGAAAAAAUAAAUCGUCUCAAAGAAAUGCUGAAGGAGAAACAGGCAGCACUGGAUCAGAUGAGGAAGAAAAUCUCACUUUCAGAUACUGCCUCCUAUUCAACUUUGGAGUCUUGUCGGCUGUAGUUGCUGGAGUGAACUGUAUACUAUAUAUUAAACAAUGUGUGUUAAACAUAAGCUUUGUGAACAUUAAUGACAGCCUCCUCAGGAGUACUGCAAAUUUCAGCUAUUUCCCACAGGAAAGUAGUGACCCAUACGUGUAUCUGUAUAUUUAAAAUUGAUAGUUAUGAAUAGUCACUAUUUUAAAAUAAAAGAAUUUCUACUUUUUUUGUAAUUCCAGGAUUUUGAUUUGUAUUUUGGCUAUGUGUAUAUAGAAUAUUGGGUGUUUGAGAUAUUUCUUCUGUUGUCCAAAACAAAAUAAUUGGUGUUUUUUUUCCUUCUUAUUCAUCAAGAUAGUACUCAUGAACUACAUCUGGUGUGUUGAAUAAAGAUUAGCUUGGAUAAGAA